AAGCUCGCCUGAAUCUAGACGAGAAAAAAUCCCGACAACAACGGCUGUUCCUCUCCCCUCUCUCUCUCUCUCCAUCUCUCUCGUAGAUAUCUCUCUCUGUCUUUGUUUGGGGGUUUAAGUUUUGGAGAGAGAGAGAUACACGGGAGAUAUAUACACCUCUCUUUCCCCCUUCUUAGGUUCUUCCCCUAUAGGCGAGCAGAAUUUUAAACAUGACGGACGUGAUGACAGGACAUCUCGAUCGACAUAACAAGCUAGAGUUUGAGUUGUCGGAAGAUGACAAGAGGACAAAGCUUGGAUCUCUGAAGAAGAAAGCCAUCAAUGCCUCGAACAAGUUCAAACCCUCUUUCACCAAGAAGGGCCGGAGAAACAGCCGAGUCACUUCUGUCUCCAUCAUCGAAGACGACAUCGACGCUGAGGAAUUGCAGGCUCUUGAUGCUUUUCGCCAGUCUCUUAUCUUGGACGAGCUUCUUCCCUCCAAACACGAUGAUCAUCACACGAUGCUUAGGUUCUUGAGGGCAAGGAAGUUCGAUAUGGAGAAGGCGAAGCAAAUGUGGUCCGAUAUGCUUAACUGGAGGAAAGAAUUCGGAGCAGACACCAUCAUGGAGGAAUUUGAGUUCAAGGAAAUAGACGAAGUCCUGAAAUACUACCCACAAGGCUACCAUGGCGUCGACAAGGACGGAAGGCCAGUUUACAUCGAGAGACUCGGCCAAGUCGACGCCACAAAGCUGAUGCAAGUGACCACGAUCGACAGGUACGUGAAAUACCAUGUGCGGGAAUUCGAGAAGACAUUCAACAUCAAGUUCCCCGCUUGCUCCAUCGCUGCCAAGAAACACAUCGAUCAGAGCACAACCAUCUUGGACGUUCAAGGAGUCGGGCUUAAGAACUUCAGUAAGGCGGCAAGGGAUCUCCUUCAACGUAUUCAGAAGAUCGACAGUGACAACUACCCUGAGACACUGAACCGGAUGUUCAUAAUCAAUGCUGGUCAUGGGUUCAGACUACUGUGGAGCACCGUCAAAUCUUUCCUCGACCCCAAGACCACAGCCAAAAUUCAUGUUCUUGGCAACAAGUACCAGAGCAAACUUCUUGAAAUCAUCGAUGCCAAUGAACUGCCGGAGUUCUUGGGUGGUAGCUGCACCUGCGCAGACAAUGGCGGUUGUAUGCGUUCAGACAAGGGUCCAUGGAACGACCCCGAGAUUUUCAAGAUGGUUCAGAACGGGGAAGGCAAGUGCACGAGGAAAAUCUUGUCAGACAUCGAGGAGAAAACAGUCUCAGAGUACGAAAUGACGGAAUCAAAGGUUAAGAAGAACAAAUUCGCUGACCUGAAUGAGAGGUUCAUCCCAAUGGUGGAAAAGACUAUGGAUGUUACCUGGCCGACAAGUCUCCACCACAAGGACCCUGCAGAUUGUUACACGAUGAAGCCGUCGGAGAAGAGGGGAGGGGAAGGGUACCUGUUCGGAGGGGUGAUGACGCUGGUGAUGGGAAUAGUGGCGGUGAUGAGGCUGACAAAGAACAUGCCGAGGAAGCUGACGGAGGCGACCACGUACGGAGGGAAGGUGGAGGUGUCGAGCGAGGAUUACAUGAAGAUGGUGAAGAGGAUGGCUGAGCUGGAGGGCAAGUGCAAGUUCUUGGAUUCUCAGCCUGUUUUCUCCCCGGAGAAGGAGCAGCUGCUCAACUCCGCUCUCAGCCGCGUCGACGACCUCGAGCUCCAGUUGUCCGAAACCAAGAAGGCACUGGACGAGGCGCUGUCAAGGCAACAGGAGAUACUCGCCUACAUCGAGAAGAAGAAGAAAAAGAAGAAGUUCUUCUUCGUGUUCUGAAAGACUUGCAGAGCUAUUAUGGCAGGAGCAAGUUCAAGAUCGGGCUUAACAUCUUGAGGCUCGUUUGUGUGCCACCCAGACACUUUUUUCUCCUUUUGUUCUUUCGUAAAUAUAUGUGUACUCUGGUACCUAAAGCUUCAUUUCCCAUUCAAUGUUUUGUCUCUAACACCUACUUGUAAGACACCGGGGGAUAUUCAUCAACGAGGACCAGAAAAAAAAAUAUGUAAAAUAUUAAAUUAUAUGUUAUAUAUAUAUAUAUAUAAUUACAUCAUAA